AUGCUGCACAAAAUCAUUGUAAACACCUACAAUCUUUGGGUGGUUGUGUUCGUGGCCUUGGGCACCAUUUCUACAGCUUAUGGCCUCGCAAUCAUCGGCUCAACCGUCGGCCAACCCAACUUUUAUUCCUACUUUCACUUGGCCACGCAAGGGGAACCUGGCUAUGACCACACAACCAACAUGAUUGGGGCCUUGAACGGCGUCAACUCUGCCGGGGCAAUAGCAGGAUGUAUCUCACAAGCCUGGUCUUCCGACAAGUAUGGACGAAAGCGUACAAUGCAGAUAGGCUCCGUCAUUCUGAUCGUUGGCGGCGCCUUGUGCGCCGGAGCGGUUGAUAUGGCCAUGUUCCUUGUUGGGCGUUUUGUUGCCGGUAUGGGUUCAGGUAUUCUUGCCUGUGUUGUCCCAAUUUAUCAAGCGGAAGUCUCGACGCCAGAGACACGAGGGGCCAUGGUCUGCGUUACGGGCAUUAUGUACGCAGUCGGCUAUGCUCUUGCAGGUUGGCUGGGCUACGCCUGUUUCCAUAUGUCGGCCACUGAUCCUGCUGCACAAUUCGCCUGGCGAUUUCCCUUGGCCUUCCAGGUCGUCUUCCCAACCAUCUUGCUGGCUGGGAGCAACUUGGUUCCGUUCAGCCCUCGUUGGCUCCUCUCACAAGGUCGUCGACAAGAAGCCCUCGACGUGGUCAAGCGACUCCACAGGACAGCAGGCGAUCCAGAGGAGGUGACUGCCCGUCGGGAAUUCUGGCUUAUGGAACAACAAUACGAAAUGGAUGCUACCAUGUCACGUGGCCGCUUCGAGCUUUUCAGCACUCCUGCGAACAGGAAACGCGCGUUGAUGGCAUUUACUUUAAUGUGGGGUAAUCAGUUCCUGGGUAUCUUUAUAAUGACGAAUUAUGGGGUGUUGAUAUACGCGAGUUUGGGCCUGAGUGGAUCGAUCCCGCUCCUGCUCAAUGCGUGCUGGACGACAUUCACGCUUAUCGGAAACACUUGGACGGCACUCUUUAUCGAUAAAUUCGGCAGAAGGAAAUUCAUGCUUAUCGGGUCCUGUGGUUGUGUCGUCUCGGUCAUCUUCCUCUGCGCUCUGACAGCGUCGUUCCUCAACACGAAUAACAAGGCUGGCCUCCGAGCAGGCGUCUUCUUCAUCUGGUUCUACAUCAUUUGGUGGUGCUUCUUCAUCGACGCGACCCAGUACGUGUAUGUGGCGGAGAUUUUCCCGAACCAUCUGCGUCCUGCUGGCGUCGCGUUGGGCUUGUCGGCAUUUUACCUAGCGAGUGAGGUCACUCUGGUCGCAGCACCGGUCGCCCUCAACAAGAUCGGUUGGCGAUUCUAUCUGGUUCUGAUUAUCCCAUCUGCUGUGUACAUUGUGAUCAUAUACCUCUUCUUCCCAGAGACCAAGGGCCGAACGCUUGAGGAAAUCGGCUACUUAUUCGGCGACGACAUGCACGUCGCCACGCAAUGGUACGACGCGUCCGAGGACGAGAAACGCAAGAUCGAAGAGCAGGCCCUCAAGGAGACCGAAGGCGGCGUUGUGCACGAAAAAGGAUUCGCCGGCUCCGUCACCGUCAACGCUGCUAGUGGUGGGAGCAGCCAGGAAGGAGGAGAUACUGAUGACAUUUACGCGGAGAAGGGUGGUGAGGUCCGCAGCGAGGAUAUUGUCAAGGCCUGA